UGCCUUGUGCUUUUGCAGCCGCCGUUUGGUCAUACUUUUGGGCAAUAUUUCCAGCAUAUGCGCCUUUCUGCCUUAAAACUUGACACUGACACUUCCUCAACAUUCACGCUUUUAGCCAAACUACCUACACAUCACCUGUCUUCAGCACUCAGCACCAUCCAGCCUCCUUACCAGCACAGCAAGCACAGCCUCGCCAAAAGCACUCAGCAGCCCGCCGUUAGAUUCGUCACCACCCCGCCUUUGAGCUAUCCACCUCGUAAUACCAAGGCUCGCACUUUGCGGCCACGGGCUUCCUUCUCUCACCUUCACCACCAGCAUCACUUUCUGUCGUUUUUCCCGCCGUCAGCUUCUAUUCUUUUCGCCCAAAAUGGGACUUCACAAUCCUCUUCCCUCUUCCAUGUCGUCGGAAUGUAAAAAGUGCGGCAAAAUUCUGGCUUCCUUUAUCAACCCUCGACAGGCCUUUGGUCCCGAUAAGGUUAUCCCACCGUCCGUCCUCGCCAAUGCCAAGGGUUUGGCUAUUAUCACGGUCCUCAAGGCUGGCUUCCUGGGCUCUGGCCGCUUUGGCAGUGGUCUCGUCGUUGCCAAGCUGCCUGAUGGCUCCUGGAGUGCCCCCAGCGCUAUCGCUACGGCUGGUGCUGGUUUCGGCGGCCAGAUUGGAUUCGAAUUGACCGACUUUGUCUUCAUCCUCAAUGACACAAGCGCCGUUAAGACUUUCGCGCAGGCCGGAUCGCUCACGCUGGGUGGAAACGUUUCCCUCGCCGCCGGCCCCGUUGGUCGCAAUGCCGAAGCUGCUGGUGCUGCCUCACUCAAGGGUGUAGCAGGUAUUUUCAGCUACUCGAAAACAAAGGGUCUUUUUGCCGGUGUGUCUCUUGAGGGCUCGGCCAUUAUUGAACGUCGCGAUGCAAACGAAAAGCUCUACGGUACUAGAUUCACGGCCCAGCAGCUGCUCACAGGCGCCGUUUCGCCCCCUCCCCAAGCAGGACCGCUUAUGGAUAUCCUCAACUCGCGCGUCUUUAGCGGCGGUAGAAGCUCUGCCGGUGACGACAUGUAUAACGACAUCCCUACCUACGAUGACCGACGCGAAUCCCAGAGCCAUGACCAGAGAUUCGGUGGCCCCAACAGAUCCAGCACUUGGCAGGAUGAUGUCUACGACCGUCCGGCCGGUGGCUUCGAUUCACCAUCUCGUAGUAACACACACGACUCUGGAAGAGCUGGCCCAGGCCGGCCCGCCGCACCAAAGCCCAACUUCACAAGUAACAAGACGGCCAACUUGAAUAAGAAUGAGGCUAUUGCCAUGUUCAACUUUGACGCAGACCAGCCCGGUGAUCUUGCAUUCAAGAAGGGAGAGGUUAUUACAGUGCUGAAGAAGACUGAUAGCGACAAUGAUUGGUGGACCGGCAUGAUUGGCACCCGCCACGGCAUCUUCCCGAGUAAUUAUGUCAAGAUGAAGGAGUAAUGCUCAUUCGAUAUUUUUUUUCGUUUUGAGUAUGUUCGGCUGUCAAACCUUAUUUUGUGUUUUUUUUGUUAUAACGAAUCCUUUAUAUACCAAGACGG